AUGGAGCCUCCCGCCGAUAUCGAGGCCCUGUCCCAGAGUGUGGCGGCCCUGAACAAUGAGCUCAAGUCCGUUCGUCGACGCAUCGCAGAGCUAGAGCGUCGACAGGAGCCCAUCCCAAGUGUUCAGCGCCUCCAGCCAUCCCCAGUACCCAUUGAACAGCUGACCCAGCAGGCUACUCCUGGAAUGGCGAUUCAAGAAUCGGAAAGAGUCGCCUCCACAGGCGAUGCCUGCGCGCUGGAAUGCUCCAACUGCGGCAUGCAUGGCCACAACAAGGUCCACUGCCUCUUGGUUCCAGAGGGGAGACUGGCAGGGUGCAUCUUUUGCAACACGGCCCACAAUGUCGAUGAGUGUUCUACGUUCCAAAACAUGUCUCUGGGGGAGCAAGUCUCCGUACUUGUCCACCAGCGCUCACGCCUACCGCCACUUGAAACCCGGGUACCCUGGGUCGACUGGCUUCGAAACUGGCUUUCAAGUGAGGAGUCUCGCGAUGCUCAUGGCAAUACCGCAAUGCCAAGCGGCUACCCAUGGAGUGAAGACUUCACCAAGGACCUCGCAUUGGGUUACAUUGCUGAGGAUGCCGUCGCGCUCCAGCCAGUGUUCGACGAAAGCCGGGAUCACAACCGGCUGCCUAUAGACCCGGCGACUGCGGAUUUUGGUGCUGUAUUUGCGCCUCGGGCUGGUUAG